UAACUGACACAAUUUUGGAAUACUGAGAACAAAACAUAAUAUCUAGUUGCUGUGGUCCACCAUGAUGAUGUAUCGUCCAAAUUUUUAUGAAUCGACUUGUCUUCGAUGUGCCGAUAUUGUUUAUCAAGUGGAUAGGGUUGGACCAUUAAAAGAUUUCACAUUUUUUCAUUCUGGUUGUUUUAAAUGCGCGACUUGUGGAACUAAAUUAACCCUAAAAACCUACUUCAACAAUCAACACAAGCAAGAAGAUCAAGAAGUUUAUUGCAGUUCACAUGUGCCAAAAAUCGGACCUGGCCAUUUGGACGGAAGUUCUGUCGGAAUCCGAUCAGCUUUAAAUGUACCAAAAAGUUCUAACUUCGUUAAUGAACAAAUUAGGGGAAGUCCUAGAUCGCCUGAUGAUGUAGUCUCACCAGUUCGAAUCUCAAACUUAGGAUAUGCCCCAGGUAAUCGCAACUUAUCACCAGAGAGAUGCAUCAGCCCUAGUGGGUAUCAGGACAGCCCCAGCGGAAAUUUCCAGUACGGAAGGUUUGACGCGAGUGCACUGCAUAUAGCCCAUGCUUUGAGGCAGACAGAGCUCCAAAAAGCUUACAACAAGACCAGGGAAAAAUCUAUAGACUGUUAUUUGGAUCGUGAUGAGCAGACACAAUUGGAAAUGAAGCAUCGCCAAGAAGAAGAUGAUCUGUAUAGAAAGUUUGCCAGACAAAGAGAUGAGGAGGAUAAACGAAUUAGAGAUGAAAUUCAGGAUGAAUGGGAGCGAGAACUCCAGAGGUUGACACAUCGAUUUGAGCGAGAAAUGCAAGUUAAAAGAAAGCGUCCUGAAGAAGCGAGUGCCCUGAGUCUAAGGCUGCAACGAGAUCGUGAAGAUUUGGAAAAAAAUAUGACACUCAGGCGCGAUAAAAAACAAGAAACAUUAACCAGGCGAAUGUUGGAACACGAAAGAGCUGCAACGGCAGCGCUAGUGGAAAAACAAUCCAGUGAAAUGUUGGAUCUUAUCAACGAGAAAAGGAGCGAAUACAUGCAGGCGGAAAGUUUGUACCUUGACGAUAGCCACGAAGAGCAGUUAGCACCUUACCCCAGUUCGGCGCCACUACCGGCGCCACCUGCCUUAAGUAAGUUCCAGAUUUAUAGCGAUCCCGCAGAAUUUGCAGAUGUAGAUCGAAUUGCUAUUUCUGUGGCUCAAGAAGAUCAGAAAACUUUCACGGAUUUGGUAAGACAACUCGUAGGAAGAUGUGGAUCGGACAUUGAAAAAGCUAGAACCAUAUUCAGGUGGAUAACUGUAAAAAAUUUAAAUACUAUGCAUUUUGAUGAAGACUUGAGAGUUGAUACACCGAUGGGUCUUUUAAGAGGCAUCAAGCACGGAACAGAGAGUUACCAUGUUCUCUUCAAACGGUUGUGCAGUUACGCCGGUCUGCACUGUGUUGUAAUUAAAGGAUAUAGCAAAAGCGCGGGGUACCAGCCUGGAGUCAAGUUCCAAGAUUCCCGAUUCCGAAAUUCUUGGAAUGCAGUAUACGUGGCCGGCGCUUGGAGGUUCGUACAAUGUAAUUGGGGAGCAAGACAUCUGGUCAAUGCCAAAGAAGCACCCCAAAGGGGUAUAAAACAUGCCAAAAGUGACAGCCUUAGGUAUGAGUAUGAUGAUCAUUAUUUCCUCACGGAUCCUAGAGAGUUCAUAUAUGAAUUUUAUCCAUUACAAACUGAAUGGCAACUUUUACGUACUCCUAUUUCUUUGCAAGACUUUGAAGAACUUCCUUUCGUUAGAUCAUUAUUCUUCCGUUACGGGUUAUACUUCAGUGAUGCAAAUACUAAAGCUGUUAUGAAUACCGAUGCAACAGGGGCAGCCACUGUGAGAAUAGCAAUGCCAUCUCAUAUGCAAGGACGCCUAAUUUUCCAUUACAAUUUGAAACUUUAUGACGGCGAAGGAGACAGUUACGAAGGUGUUUCACUCAAAAGAUUUGUCAUGCAAUCAGUUAUUGGAAAUGUGGUGUCAUUCAGGGUGCACGCGCCUUGUAGUGGGGUCUUUCUGCUAGAUAUAUUUGCAAAUGCAGUAACGCCACAAGAGUACCUCACCGGCGAACCAAUGAAAUUUAAGUCUGUGUGCAAAUUUAAGAUAUGCUGUGAAGAACUGCAAACAGUCAUGGUUCCUCUACCGGAUUGUGCAAGCGGUGAAUGGGGACCAACCAAAGCUACAAGAUUAUUUGGUUUAAUACCAAUAACCCACCAGGAGGCUUUAGUGUUUGCUGGACGAGUAUUGGAAUUACAAUUCAGAAUGUCAAAGCCGUUGACUGAUUUUAUGGCGACGUUGCAUAAAAAUAACGUUGAAGAAAAACGCCUGGCUAGAUUUGUCAUUCAUUCUAUCACAGAUGAUAUAAUAACUUUUACUAUUAGCUUUCCCGAAGAAGGCCAAUACGGUUUGGAUAUUUAUACCCGCGAAGUGGGAGAGAUCGGAGGAAAAUCAAAUGGAAAUGCUACUUCGGAAAAACACUUGCUCACACACUGCUGCAAGUAUUUGAUUAAUUCAUCUAAACGCAAUUAA